ACUGGUGAGCAUUCAUAGAGUGAGCAUUACACCCGAAGAAUAAGGAGAAGCCUUAUUCUUUGAUUACACCGUAAAAUACAUAAAAUACUGUAGUGUUUCCAUUCUCGCUAGUGAAUAUAAGUAGACAAUUAAGAAGUUAAAUAUGAAUUAUUUUGAUUUUCUGCCCGACGAAAUGUUGUUAUCAAUUUUGUAUUAUUGUGAUCCACGCAGCUUGGCACGACUUUGCUGCGUAUGCAAACGGUUUAAUAACAUAAUAUAUACUAUCUUGGAUGAGAAAUCUAAUCAUUUGCUAGUGACGAAUCAGAAGUCCGAAAGGUUUCGUAAAAAAUGUGCGCCAUUAUUAUCUUCGUAUACUUCAAAAUUUAAUAUUUAUUACAACUGGAAAAACAAACAGUAUACAUCACGAAUAAAAGUCUCAAGUGUUUCAUAUUUUUCAUUACAAAUUACUGAGCACUAUGUUGUUUGUGCUACGGACAAUUACAUGGUAGCUUAUACGCGCACUAAGGACGGUGCAAUUAAUAAAGUCAUUAGUAGAUUCUGUGACUCUAAUAUUAUGAAUAUUUUUCAUUGGAAUAAUAUUAUAAUAACUUGUCAUUCAAAUUAUGAUAUCGGACACUGGAAAAUUGAUUUCGAAGAUGAAUACAAGUAUCCAAUUGUAGAAUUAAAAAUGUAUUCUAAUGACUAUUCCAUUGCAGCUAUAGAUGUAACGUCACAAUACAUUAUUUCAGGUUCAAGAAAUAGUUCAAUAAAGAUACGAAAAUAUUUACAUGAAGGAGAUGUAGAGAGAGAGGAAGAAAUAAUUGAUACCAAAAUUUAUGAUGCGAGAACAAUCUCAAUUGAUCCUACAGGAACGCUAUUUAUUGCUAAUAUUGACAAAACAUUUUCGACUUUUGAUGAUAUCCCAAACCAAAAUGAAAUUGUCUUCUUUGAUAUCAGUAAAAAUGUUGAAAUAAUUAGAAGAAAUAUCGAUAUCAAUUAUUUGGACACUAAAUGGCAGAAUCCGCAAAGUAUUCUCAUGCUUGACAACAAUUGUAUUAAAAAAAUGGAUACAAGAACAUCCGAAUUUGUACAAACAUGGAAUAAUUCAAUGGCGGGUAGAGUAAAAAGUCGUUACCACGUUUAUAACGCUUAUUUUACAUGUUUCUCAUCGGAUGAUUCGUAUACUAUUAUAACGGGACACUCGGAUGGUGCAAUUAUUUUAUGGGAUCAAAGACAAAAUAAUCCUGUUCAGAUGUAUGAAAAUUUCACAUGUGUAAACGCUGUACAAUUUGACAGCAGUCAUAUGUUUGUUGCUUCAGAUCGUGGUUUACAUGAAGUUAUAUUUAUAUAAUAAAAAUAUUUUAUAUAUAUUGUUGAAUCA